AGAGGGAUUUUUGUUUUGAUUGUCAGAAUAAUUUUCGAUGUAUAAGUAUUCAUUUAUAACUCUAAACAAAGACGCCUUUAGAUACCAGAUAAAUCGAUUCCAGAAAGUCUUCAGAUUAUUAUUGUGAACUUUUAUUCAGCAAAUUAUUUCUAAUUUGAAAUGUACCCACAAUGUAGUUGAACAUUCUUUGCUACUAUGUACUAAUUGAGAACACAAAAUUAAAUACAUGAAAAUUAUUGAUUUCUUUUAAACAUAAGUAAAAAACUUAAGCAGCUAUUUUUCUCAAUUUCACCCUCUGUAAGGAAGACAUGGACAGCAGGGGACUUUAAAAGCGAUAAUUUAUUUACACAAAGAAGGCCUCAUUGGUUCGAGUACAAUAUCAAUUAUUUAGAAUUUGCGUUCUGUUGGCCCUAUAAAAUAAGUAGGAAACUUUCUUUGUGAAUUUAAUGAUUUUUUACACAUGACAUUGUAACAUAAGAAUACAAACAUAAUGUUUAUUAACUCCAGAUAGAUGAUACCUUUCUAAAGGCAAUGGUGAAAAUGUACAGUCGUCUUGCCACUGGACUUUUCUUCUUUACUUUUCUCUCAUCCGUUUGGUCUCUUACAAAUUUUUACGAGAAAUUCAAUCUCGGCAAGCGCCUGAUUGGUCACACCCUUUUUAACAUGACAGUCAGGGGUCCCCAGAUGUGUAUAGAAGAAUGUAAGUCCCGGAAACUCUGUAUGUCCGUCAAUUUCAAUAAAAAGCUGAUGAUUUGUGAGUUGCGGACCUCCACCGCCAACAAGUUUCCGGGAGAGCUCGUGGACGAUCCAAACUUCGACUAUCUUGAUUCCGGAUUAGUUAGCUACAGUACCGGAGACUUAUGUCUAAAGGGAAACAAUUGUGACCCGGGAAAGCUUUGUAUAAAGUUACAGGACGCUAGUCACGCAUGUAUUUCUGAUAUAGCUCACGACAAAUGCACCGCUGAGCCUCCAUAUAUACGUGGGACCGCCAUUAAUGUCACAGACCGAGCAGUAGGCGCAGUCCUUACCUACGAAUGUCUACCCGACUACAACGCCACGGGAGACAACCCGAACACCACAUGUCGUCUGGACGGAUCUUGGUCUCCCGCCAAUCUGACGUGUGACAAUGGCAUCGAGACGUGUUUCGUGGAUCCAAAUUGCAUUGUUAAACAGGACUUUACUUUUGACGAUUCCUUUAAUGCUUGCUAUGGAGACAUGUACAUCAAAAAUUCGACUUACAAUCCGGGGAAGUAUGUGGGCAUUAUCCUAUGUAGUCCAACAAGAUAUCAUCUGUUCCUGAGUGAUGAUAUAGAUGGUAUGUUUUAUAACAUCGCGGAUGGAUCUGGAUCCGGUGACGACCAUUGUGAAUUGGUCGGCGGAUCUAGUUCCACGGCAAUAGAGUCCCCGGAUUAUGAAAACAGCCCUGAUAUACAAGGUUUCUAUCGAUCCAACAUGAAUCAAGCCUUUUCUUUCGGGGACAUUGGUUAUCUUGGCACGUCCUAUAACUGGUUUGGCACAUGGUUGGAGUGUGGAGUAACCAUUCCCGGAGACUUCAUCGUAUACUGAAGAUAUAGUGUAUAAAUAACAGAAGAAUGUAAAAAAAAAUUUUGCAAGAGAAAAUUAUAGAAAAAAAAAUGU